AUGGGAACGGGUCGACAUCCGGAUCGGGAUGCUUACGGCCAGCUAUUCAGUAGCUCCUACUUCCCGGAUCGCUUCAAAGUCGCGAACGAGCCCUUGACUGGCGACAACAUGCGAGGUAUUUACGACGGGCUCCAGGCUGACCUGGAGUUCGUAAAGAAAGUCCUAUACCUUCAACGUGUCCUGGCCUACAUGUGA